CAAUCUCCUCCACCCAUUUCAUAAUCUUCAUCACCAUCACUAAUUUCCUCUCUUACUACACUCCCUCUCUCUCUCUUUCUCUCACUCUGAUUCUCCAUUUCUUACUUCAUCACACCAGUCAUGGCUGCUGCUGUUAGCGCUGCAGUCUCUCUACCUUCCACCAAGGCCACCUCCCUUUCAGCUAGAACAUCCAUUAUUUCUCCAGAAACCAUCAAUUUCAACAAGGCCUCCUUACACUACAGAAAUGUGUCGUCUACGGGUGCCAAGAUGGCGCCAAUCAGAGCACAGGUAACCACAGAAGCUCCUGCUAAGGCUGAGAAGAUUUCCAAGAAACAAGAAGAAGGGGUGAUUGUCAACAAAUAUAGGCCAAAAGAGCCAUAUGUUGGAAGAUGCCUUCUUAACGUCAGGCUCACUGGGGAUGAUGCCCCGGGUGAGACUUGGCACAUGGUCUUCAGCACUGAGGGGGAGGUGCCUUACAGAGAAGGGCAGUCAAUUGGGGUGAUCGCAGAUGGCAUAGACAAGAACGGGAAACCUCACAAGCUGAGGCUGUACUCGAUUGCCAGCAGUGCCCUUGGGGACUUUGGAGACUCCAAGACUGUCUCUUUGUGUGUCAAAAGGCUUGUCUACACCAAUGAUCAAGGUGAAAUUGUUAAAGGAGUUUGCUCGAACUUUUUGUGUGACUUGAAAGCUGGUGAUGAAGUCAAGAUUACUGGCCCUGUGGGGAAAGAAAUGCUUAUGCCGAAAGACCCCAAUGCUACAGUCAUAAUGCUCGGAACUGGAACUGGGAUUGCUCCUUUCCGCUCAUUCUUGUGGAAAAUGUUCUUCGAGGAGCACGAGGACUACAAGUUCAACGGCUUAGCAUGGCUAUUCUUGGGUGUUCCAACAAGCAGCUCCUUGCUCUACAAGGAGGAAUUUGAGAAAAUGAAGGAGAAAAACCCAGAGAACUUCCGGCUGGACUUUGCUGUGAGCAGAGAACAGACAAACGCCAAGGGGGAGAAGAUGUACAUCCAAACUCGGAUGGCUGAGUAUGCGGAGGAGCUGUGGGAGCUGCUCAAGAAAGACAACACGUUCGUGUACAUGUGUGGACUCAAGGGAAUGGAGAAGGGAAUUGAUGACAUUAUGGUUUCCUUAGCUGCUAGAGACGGUAUCGACUGGAUAGAGUACAAGAGGCAGUUGAAGAAGGCAGAACAAUGGAAUGUGGAAGUGUAUUAAGCUGUUGCUUGUAUAAAUGUUUUGUACAAAAUUCAGCCCUACCUGCAUUUUUCAUCUGUGCUCAUCAGCUCAUGCAAUGUAUUAAGCAGGGUACUAUCUUUAAAAAAAUGUUGCUUUUAUCUUUUA